CUUUUCUGCUCAGAAUAAAUCACUUUAAUCUGCCGAACCCGGCGAGGAUCUGUCGCCUAAACGCCUCCGGUCACCUUUGGACCAGCCUGCUGAGGAAAUACGCUUAAAAUCUGUCCCUUCAUUCGGUCGGUCGCUAGCAGGCUUGUGGCUAACGAGGGAGGUGGACCUGCUGAAGCCGCGAGUGUGUGAGUGAAUGUGUCUGUGUGAGUGACAGCGCUGGUGAGGAACGCCCGUCUUCAGAACCUUCGGCGCAAUCGUCUUCCGGCACACGGCUGUGGAGCGCUGAGCAGGAAGACGAAUAAGACAGACAAAAAGCCUCGUAUUCCGAGGAAGAAGACGAGCGUGUGUCAGGGAGGAAAUAGCUGUAGUUUUAGCCUUUUUAACUCGACAUGACGGAGUUCUGGGUUUGCUUCAGCUGCUGCGUCGCCGAACAGCCCCAGCCGAAGAGGAGGCGGAGGAUAGAUCGGUCGAUGAUCGGAGAACCCACCAACUUCGUUCACAUGACGCACGUGGGCUCGGGGGACAUGGGGAUGGGUUUAGGAGCGGUGGACUCGGUGCAGGCGCAGAUGAAAUCGAAAGGUGGUUAUGGAAACGGCGCACCUGAGAACGUGCAGUGACCAGGGUGUGUGUAUGUGUGUGUGUGUGUGUGUGUGUGUCAGUGUGAGUGUGUGAGACCUGCGACUGUGUGUGUGACCUGCUGAUCCGAACAGCGAGAGAUGCUGGACUGUUA